AUGCUUCUCCAACACAUCUGCACAUGCGCACUGCACAGCUGAUUGUUGACGUAACACAUGUUGACAUAUGGUUUAAUAUGGCUUCCAGCGCCUGGUCCGAAAGAAUAGUGCAGCUCCUUCGGCGAAUGAACAACUUUUAUUCAGCAGGUUCCAGUAGGUUCAGCUGCUUCAGGUUUGAGAUAGACGGAUCCCAGGUUGGCUGGAUUCCUCCCCAUGUAGCCUCACUGCUCACGCCAUACACGGACGUGUUCCUUCCCCCACAAAAGGGCGCUGUUUCCCUCUGUCCCAGCCUCGACUGCUACGAGAAGAGGUCAGAGGCGGUGAAUGAUGUUGUAGAGGCCCUCAGACAUGAGAGCUCUCUGAUCUGCCUCAGAGGAUGGAGGGAUGAGAGGUACAGUGUGAAACCGAGAUUCUGUGACGCGCCUCUGAUGUGGAUGGAAAGAGCAGCCACAAGUCUUUUUGGUGUUAAACGGUAUGGAGUUCAUAUUAAUGGAUACACCGUGAAUGGCAGCGGGGAGAUCAGCAUGUGGCUAGCCCGACGGUCCAUCACCAAGCAGACCUAUCCUGGACUGCUGGACAACAUGGCGGCUGGUGGUCUGGCUGCUGAUGUUGGAAUCAAACACACUCUGAUUAAAGAGUGUGCGGAGGAAGCUUGUAUCCCAGCAGACAUCGCUGCGAAGGCGUGUCCAGUAUCGACUGUAAGCUACACCUAUGAGGACGAGGAGGGGGUGUUCCCAGAGAGCCAGUUUGUCUUCGAUUUAGAACUUCCUCUGGACUUUGUGCCCUCCGUAGGCGAUGGAGAAGUUCAGGAUUUCUACCUGCUGCCCAUAGAGAAGGUGAAGGGACUGCUGGCCACUGAUGACUUCAAGCCCAACUCUGCCAUGGUCAUCCUGGACUUUCUCAUUCGACACUCGCUCAUCGAGCCGGACACAGAACCGUACUAUCAGGAGUUUGUAACAGGACUCCAUCAAACAUUGUAGACCAACGAUGCAGUUUUCACGUCAUCCGUAAAUGCAGAAGCCAUCUUGGAUUCCAGUAACCGAGAGCCGAGCAUUUAGGGGAGUUGGUCACUUGACAACAGCAGACUGGGCGAGAGAACUGGGAUGGAUCCGGUCUACCUCAACUCUCAGAAGUCUUUCGUACAAAGAGAAAAUAUCAGAUGGGUUCUAGUUAGAAUUUUACUGGACAAUCUCAGUGCUCAAAGAUGUUUAUAUAAUGGGUGAAAGCUGUAUUGAAGUUGGGAUUUUGCUCAUUAUUUAAGGGAUUCUUCCAAAUCUGUACGACAAGGAAUUAAAGGUGGAACGCUUAGGUGCAGAACCUAACCUGAGGAAGAUCUCCUAUGGACCAGACUUCACCCAGCUCCCCUUUCUCCUCCUCAGCCUUUUCUUCUUGUCAUCUCUUAAAGCACUCCUCAUCUCUGAAAUGACUCGUCCUUCUUUUCAGACAGCCUUCUUAAGUUACUGUAAAUCAUAAAUGUUUAACAUUAUCUGAAUGAAA